GAGAGAGAGAGCGCGAGGGGAAGGAUAAAAAAAACAUGCCGAACCCGCACGGUCAAUAUUGAUAUCAAGGCCGGCGGCUGCUACUACAUUAUCUUUGCAUUGUGCUUUAAAAAAAAUACUUCUGGCAAAAAAAGGGUCCGGUUUUUUGUGUGUUUGGGGGGUGGUGAUUUGUUGGUGGAGGAAGGAGGUACUGCCCACCAGCCUAGGCCUAGGACAGCCAGCCAAUAGUGUUGUGGAGCAGCAUGGAAAUGCAGGGGUAUUGAGAUAUUUGGGGAGGGCUUGGGGGUAUUGAGCCGCAUUUGGGGUUUUCGGGUGGGGGAAAAAAAACCAAAGAAGUGGUCACGUUUGGUGUCUGCUCUCUUUUAUCAAUCUGUCCCCUACGUUCUCACCCGCCACCAUUUAUCGUAGUGCAAGUGUGCUAGGAUAGCUGAGGAUGAAGGGCAGCCAUGUUGCAUCAGGAACUUUUCAUGCAAGAGCUUAAUUCAAAUCGGGUGUGAUUUUUGUUUCUUUUUUUGUGGGGAAGGACAGACGUAUAGGAUCUUUAAACAAUAUAAGGUAAAAUGUCGUUAAUUUAAAUGAACUGUCAUUGCAAAAGGAAGGAGCACGGGACCCGAAGGCAAUCAAGAGGAAGAAAGGUUAAGAUCUUAUUGGACUCUUCAAGAUCGAGAUAUUAACAUUUCUAGAAGGUUAUUCAAGAGGAAGAGCAACAGUGGUCAUAAUGUACAAUGCAGUGGAGUUACAGUAUUUUAAAUACUGAAGUUUAUCUUGUGGGAUGUAAUGCAUGCAACAAUUUUAAGAAAUGUCAUUUUUUUGCUUUUUGCUCUGGUGAUAUUUCCUUAAAUUUACAUUUAAAGAUACAUUUCCUUAGAAGGCCUGCCUACAUUGGGUAGAAUUUAGGCUCAUACAUGACUACUGCUUAUUGGAAAAAGGGAAGAAAAUAGAAUUUCUUCCCCCACCUCCUUAUUCCUCAAAAAAGACCACCUUUCGGAAGGCAUGAAGCAAAAUUACAAUUGACUGAAUACCAGUUUUGAUGGGGUUUCAAGUUAGCAUAUGUGGACAGCACAAGGUAGUCAAGAAGCAUUUGAAUAGAAUGAUGGUUCUGCUCUUUUCUUUGGAGUUGACUCUAGGGCAAGAUGGAUCAUGCCUGUGGAUAUGAACUAACGGUGGGCAGUGGAUUGCCUUUUGCUAAUCCACAACAGUUUUCAAAUUCAUUGGGUUUCAGUGUUUCUGAGAGCAAUGAUACAGGCUGCAGGUCAGGACAGAAUAUCUGUGAACAAGAGUGCUGUAAUCUGCAGGACAGAAGUGCUGUUCAGUUGUCCACUGAUUCACAGGGUGGUGCACAGCCUGCAUUUAAUGGACAUAUUUCAGCACCACCCUAUAUUCCAUUGCGCAGACUUCAAGAUCUGGCUUCUAUGAUUCCUACUCGGUUUUCUGAGUCCCCAGAGUCAAAACAGUGGUCUGAAUCCCCUGAGGGCUCCCCUACCCAGGAUUGUUGUGCAGUUGAUGAAGGCAGACGCACUUCUCCAGUAUCUGAUUCUACACAAAAUGGUUCUCCAGAAUUAAAGUUAAAGAUAACUAAGAUGGUUAUGAAUGGAAAGAUGAUGUUUGAAUCAUCAAUCUGCAGUGAGGUGGAAACAGAGGAUGCAAAGGAUUCUGAAGAGCAACCUCCAGUCAUCAAAGAAGUAGAAAUACCAGUAUCUCACAGAGCAAAAAGAAUGAGAAAGAAAAGUGUUAAAUACAGUCCUUCGCAUGAAUCUGAACAGAAAGUGGACAACACAAUGGCCUUUUAUCCCCCAGCUCCAAUAGAAGGAAGAAAAAACUGUGCUGGAAGACGAAAGAAGGUGAUUCCAGUGAGGUUUGAGGUUGGAGACCUGGUUUGGGUGAAGUUUAGUAGACGUCCUUGGUGGCCUAGUGCUGUCUGUCUUGAUCCUCUGUUGAAGAUUCAUUCGAAGAUGAAAGAGCCUAGCAGGAGGCCCUGCCGACAAUAUUACGUUCAGUUUUUUGGCAUCGUUGUCGAGCAUGCCUGGGUUGCGUCUGCAGUGGUUGAGCCAUUUGAAGGAAGACAUCAGUAUGAACUGCUGGUUCAAAGGAAUGCCAAAAAUGUGGAAACCGAUGUGCAAAGAAACAAGAUUUCUGUUAAAGUGCACACUCAGUGGGACGCUGGUAUUGUUCAGGCAGAAGAAGCGCUUUCCAUGUCUCUUGAGGACAGAAUAUCCAAAUAUUGCCUAAUUAGCGAAGAAAGCUUUCUUCAAAUGUCUGGGAAAGAAAAGCUUGACAUUCAAUUUACUUCAAAACCCAAGGAGCUAAACCCUUCAGCUAACUCCAACAAUCACUCCAGUGAGUUUGAAGACUGUCACGCCAUGUCUGCAAACAGGGAAAACAAGAUGAGUACCAACUCCUCAACUAGUUGUUCUUCUGACUGUGAAACAAGAAGAAGAGUGAGAAAUAAGCUCUUAAAGCCCAGAGUUCCUAUCAAAGAAUCUGCACACUGCGCAUACAACACAAACAGUACAGUGAAUAAUGUGCAGGUGAAUUCUCCAACCCUUAUAAAUGGUUUUGUAGAGACAUCGAAUGAAAUCAUCACUGGAAUAGACAGUUCAACCCCGAAAUCUAACUGUAUAGUUGAAAGUUCUUCAGUGUAUAAUAAUGUCAUAAGUACGUCAGAGAUUGUUUCAGCUGCAACUGCUGUACUAAAUUGGUCAGAUGAAGGAAUUUCUAAAGAACCAUUUAAUGUAGGAAAUGGUCCAACUUCAGUUGAAUACAAGACAAAAGCUAGUUCUGAACAUUAUGGUGUCUGUAAUGGGACUGGAACUCAGUUUGAAGUCAACUGCCAGAACACACAGAUAAGGUCACAGGACGCAGAUGAAGGUAGCCAGCAGGUUGAUGGGCAAAAUAUUGACCGUCGUUCUAAACUGAAAGAGUGGAAAAGAACAGAAACUCAACCCAAUAUUACAGAACAGAAACAGCAAUCUUUUUCAUUAGUUAUUACUGAAGGUAAACGCCAAAGGAAACCCAGUAAAAAACUUCUGGAAUCAACAGAAGAUUAUGACCAGUUGUUUAUCUCUAAAAAGAAACUGAAAACAUGCCUUCAACCUUUACAACAGGGCACAACAGACUGUUUAGAUAAAGCAACAGAAUCGCAAGAGUUUAGAAGCUGCAGUACUGAAUCAAAGAGACGGCGGCGGCGCAAAAAGAAUUUUAAUCACCCGCAGAUAGCCCUUGCACAAGAUAUGUCCCCAUCUAUGACUACAGUGGACUCUGUCGUAUCAAGAUCUAUAAUAUGCCAAGCCAUGCCCAUGCCUUUAACAGUCCAAGGUCUUUCCUCUCCUGUGGCACAACUAGCUCUCUCUACAUCUGCAGUAAAACCAGCUAUUUCCACACCUACAGUGAAACAGAGUUUGUUUGCUCCUAUGGUGGAGAAAACCCAGGCCAUAUUUGCAAUGGAGAGAUCCCAGUUCCCGCCUGCAGUGGAGAAAUCCCAGUCCAGGCCUGCAAUGGAGAAAUCCGAGUCCAUGGCUUCAGUGCAGAUAUCCCAGUGCAGGUCUGCCGUGGAGAAGCCCCAGUGCAGGUCUGCCGUGGAGAAGCCCCAGUGCAGGUCUGCCGUGGAGAAGCCCCCGUGCAGGUCUGCCGUGGAGAAGCCCCCGUGCAGGUCUGCAGGGGAGAGGUCCCAGUGCAGGUCUGCAGUGGAGAGGUCCCAGUGCAGGUCUGCAGUGGAGAGGUCCCAGUGCAGGUCUGCAGUGGAGAGGUCCCAGUGCAGGUCUGCAGUGGAGAGGUCCCAGUGCAGGUCUGCAGUGGAGAGGUCCCAGUGCAGGUCUGCAGUGGAGAGGUCCCAGUCCAGGUCUGCAGUGGAGAGGUCCCAGUCCAGGUCUGCAGUGGAGAGGUCCCAGUCCAGGUCUGCAGUGGAGAGGUCCCAGUCCAGGUCUGCAGUGGAGAGGUCCCAGUCCAGGUCUGCAGUGGAGAGGUCCCAGUCCAGGUCUGCAGUGGAGAGGUCCCAGUCCAGGUCUGCGAUGGAGAACGCUCUGUCCGUGCCCCCGGUGGAGAACGCUCUGUCCGUGCCCCCCGUGGAGAACGCUCUGUCCGUGCCCCCGGUGGAGAACGCUCUGUCCGUGCCCCCGGUGGAGAACGCUCUGUCCGUGCCCCCGGUGGAGAACGCUCUGUCCGUGCCCCCGGUGGAGAACGCUCUGUCCGUGCCCCCGGUGGAGAACGCUCUGUCCGUGCCCCCGGUGGAGAACGCUCUGUCCGUGCCCCCGGUGGAGAACGCUCUGUCCGUGCCCCCGGUGGAGAACGCUCUGUCCGUGCCCCCGGUGGAGAACGCUCUGUCCGUGCCCCCGGUGGAGAACGCUCUGUCCGUGCCCCCGGUGGAGAACGCUCUGUCCGUGCCCCCGGUGGAGAACGCUCUGUCCGUGCCCCCGGUGGAGAACGCUCUGUCCGUGCCCCCGGUGGAGAACGCUCUGUCCGUGCCCCCGGUGGAGAACGCUCUGUCCGUGCCCCCGGUGGAGAACGCUCUGUCCGUGCCCCCGGUGGAGAACGCUCUGUCCGUGCCCCCGGUGGAGAACGCUCUGUCCGUGCCCCCGGUGGAGAACGCUCUGUCCGUGCCCCCGGUGGAGAACGCUCUGUCCGUGCCCCCGGUGGAGAACGCUCUGUCCGUGCCCCCGGUGGAGAACGCUCUGUCCGUGCCCCCGGUGGAGAACGCUCUGUCCGUGCCCCCGGUGGAGAACGCUCUGUCCGUGCCCCCGGUGGAGAACGCUCUCUCCGUGCCCCCGGUGGAGAACGCUCUCUCCGUGCCCGCGGUGGAGAACGCUCUCUCCGUGCCCGCGGUGGAGAAAGCUCAGUCCGUGCUUGCAAUGGAGAAAUGUCAGUUUGCGUCUCCAACAGAAAAUUCCCAUUCAGCGCCUGCAAUGCAAAAUUCCCAGGCCAUCCCAUCAACAGAAAAUUCUCAGCCCACGAUUGCAAUGGAGAAAUUCCAAAACAUGCCAACAGGUGAACAGUCUCAGUCCAUACCAGGAGGGAAACAAUCCCAGUACAUUUAUGUGACAGAGCAGUGCCAGUCCAUGUCUGCAGCAGAACAGUCCCACUCUGUGACUGCAGAAAGUCAGUCUCAGUUCUUAACUGCAAAGGAACGGUUCCAGCUCUCGCCUGCAACAGAGACCCUGUCUACUCCAGCAAUAGAAUUUAACCAGCCAAUGCCAGCAGUAGAAGUCCCUCUGCCUGUAGCCAUACAAAGUUCAACACAACAAGCAGGAUCACAGCAGUUUAAAACAGACAGCAUUGUUAAGAAGAGAUGGCAACAUAGGAACUAUCUGAAUACUCAACAGAUUUAUCGUACUCCACAACUGGCACUUGGGGAUAAAGCAGAGACAAUGCUUACACAACUGUCCACUUCACCCGAAAAUUCUGAAGGAAAACGUCAGAGAAAACCAACUAAGAAACUGUUAGAAUCAACAGAAGAUUUUGAUCAGCUUUUUAUCCCAAAGAAGAAAUUCAAACAAGACCAUCGUCGCUCGUUAAAGCCCUCCCUACAGUCUGAAGCCAGAUGUGUAAAGAAGCUUCAAAGCACAGUAAAUGGUCCUAUGCCACAAUCUGUCAAGUCCCAUUCAGGUGAAAACAGCAUCCCAAGCAGAAGAACAAUUUGUAGAAAUGAGAAGAGAUUUGCACAAGCAUCAGCAUCCAAUAGGGACCGGAAUCGUCUCAGACUUGUAAAUGAUAAAAAGAAUGAUACUCAGCCAGAUUCUGCUGAUGAAAACGACUUAGAUAUAUUUUUAUCAACAUCAAGGAAGUCACAAGUGGAGCGUGGUGGAGGGGCUGCAAAGAAAGAAAAUGUCUGUCAGCUGUGUGAGAAAACUGGGGAGUUGCUGCUUUGUGAAGGACAGUGCUGUGGCGCCUUCCACUUAAAGUGCCUAGGUUUAACCAAAAUGCCCGAAGGAAAAUUUAUGUGCAGAGAAUGUACCACAGGUGUUCAUACUUGCUUUGUGUGUAGAGAAAAUGGGAAAGAUGUGAAACGAUGUCUUAUGCCACUGUGUGGGAAGUUUUAUCAUAUGGAAUGCAUUAAAAAGUACCCUACCACUGUACUGCAAAACAAAGGAUUCCGGUGCUCAAUCCAUGUCUGCCUGUCUUGUUAUGCUUGCAAUCCUACUAAUCCAAGAGCAAGCAAAGGUCGAAUGAUGCGCUGUGUGCGGUGUCCUGUGGCUUACCAUGCCAGUGAUAAUUGUCUGGCAGCAGGAUGUGUGGUCCUGGCUUCAAACAGUAUCAUAUGUACUAAUCACUUCACUCCACGGAGGGGCUGCAGGCAUCAUGGCCAUGUCAAUGUCAGCUGGUGCUUUGUUUGCUCAGAAGGUGGCAGUUUACUAUGCUGUGAGUCAUGUCCUGCUGCCUUUCAUCGUGAAUGCCUGAACAUUGAGAUGCCUAAAGGAAAAUGGUACUGUAAUGACUGUAAGGCUGGCAAAAAGCCACAUUAUAAGGACAUCAUCUGGGUUAAACUCGGUCGAUACAGGUGGUGGCCUGCUGAGGUCUGUCAUCCCAAAAAUGUUCCUACAAAUAUUCAAAAAAUGAAACAUGAGAUCGGUGAGUUCCCUGUCCGUUUCUUUGGCUCAAAUGACUACUUCUGGACUUAUCAGGCACGUGUGUUCUCAUACAUGGAAGGUGACAAAGGGAGUAAAGACAAAAAGUGCAAAGGCCUCAACACCAUCUUUAAGAAAGCAUUACAGGAAGCUGCAGAAAGGUUUGAGGAGCUGAAAACCCAAAGAGAGACAAGACAGGCACAGGAGGACAAACGGAAUGAAAAAAAACCACCACCAUACAAACACAUCAAGGUAAACAAAGCCGUGGGUAAGGCUCAGAUCUUCACUGCUGAUCCGUCUGAGAUUCCACGAUGUAAUUGUAAGCCAACUGAUGAGAAUCCUUGUGGGGUAGAUUCCGAAUGUCUGAACAGGAUGUUAAUGUACGAGUGCCAUCCAACUGUCUGUCCUGCAGGAGACAAAUGCCAGAACCAGUGCUUCACCAAACGGCAAUAUCCUGAAGUGGAAAUUUUGAAAACUGCAGGCCGAGGCUGGGGUUUACUUACUAAAUUUAAUAUUAAGAAGGGACAGUUCGUGAAUGAGUAUGUGGGUGAGGUGAUAGAUGAGGAGGAGUGUUAUGCUCGAAUCAAAUACGCACAGGAACAUGACAUCACCAACUUCUACAUGCUUACUCUUGACAAGGACCGGAUUAUUGAUGCAGGCCCAAAAGGAAAUUAUUCACGCUUCAUGAAUCAUAGUUGCAAGCCAAACUGUGAGACACAGAAAUGGACAGUGAAUGGAGACACUCGAGUUGGACUCUUUGCUUUAUGUGACAUUGCUGUUGGGUCUGAACUAACAUUUAACUAUCAUCUGGAAUGCUUGGGCACUGGAAAGACUAUUUGUAAAUGUGGGGCUCCAAACUGCAGUGGCUAUCUAGGUGUACCACCUAAGAAUAUACAAAGCUCAACAGAUGAAAAGAAGGUAAAAAGGCGGCACAUACUUCCAAGGAAGCGUAGACAGCAGUCUGAACUAGUGAGAGAACAUGAAGAAGAGUGUUUCCGCUGUGGGGACAGUGGGCAGCUAGUAAUCUGCAAGAAGCCAGGGUGUCCUAAGGUGUACCAUGCUGAUUGUCUGACCCUGACUAAGCGUCCUGCUGGUAAAUGGGAAUGUCCGUGGCAUCAGUGUGAUGUGUGUGGAAAAGAGGCAGUCUCUUUCUGUGAGCUAUGCCCCAGUUCUUUCUGCAUGGAUCAUAGGGACGGAGCUCUCUUCAUCUCCAAGUUAGAUGGCCGACUUAGCUGUAAUGAACAUGAUCCGUGUGGCCCUGUUCCUUUGGAACCAGGAGAAAUCAGAGAGAUUAUGCCACCACCCAGCAAACAUGUAUUACAGACCUUGCAACCAUCAGAUUCCACAAACAUUCGGUGAAUGGAGUAUCCGUUUAUCGUGUGCCUCUGACAGGAGCUUAAUAAGAAAAGUGAAAAAGCUGCCUUCAUUUCAGUAGAAGACAGAUAUUCAAACUGAAUGUGAGUGUGCGUGUGUGUCUGUGUAUACAUAUGGGUGGAGUCAACUUAGUUCGCAGAUGCAAGAUGCAUAAUUCCUGAUAACCUAUGAGAGUAAAAUGAACUUGGACAGAUAGAAAAUUGAACCACAUGCUCUACUUCCCAAUAUCUUUAGCACAAUUAUACUUGGAUUUAUACCUGGGACACAAAACUGGCAUGCUCAGGUCCACUCAAGAAUUCCAGUUAAAUCUACUGCAAGGCCAGUUAUUUUCUGACCUCAAUGAACUGAUUUAUGUGUAGUUUUUUUAAUGUGUUGUGCUAUGAUGCUCACAUAACACAAGAUUAGUAAAUUCAUCUGGCAUGUUUCUGACAUUGAAUGCUCAGUCUAGUUCCACACUUAGAAGUAGGAGAUCACUGAAAGGAGUAGUUGCUAUGUGGUAUAAUGAAUGCAUCUUGUGGGCUUGUAAUUUCAGUUAAUUGAAUAAGUCUGCUUCUUCCAAGCACUUGUUCAACAAUUGCCUAAUAGUAAGCCUUCAUUUAAAUUGAUAAAUGAACAUUGAUAUAUAUCAAGCAUUCAGGAUGAAUCAUUGCCCAGGAAGUGGAUGGUACGAUGUGCUGGAACAUUGUCAUUUCACCUCCAGAAUGAGAGUUCAAAUACAGUCCAGCUAGGAGGAAUGAAGGUAUAUCGAUAUCUUACAUAGACUAAGGUUUAUAGUUUAUUAGAGCAUCAUACUCUCCCUUCUAGUACCUGGUCAUGAAACUAACUCAGUUACAGGGAGCAAAGAUCUGAGUCAUAUGAAAUGAGUUGAGCAUACAAAUCAAGAUCAGAGUGAAAUUGUCUCUGAAUUCAGCACUAAUUCUUGAUCAUAGAACCCAUUCAAAAGGAGUCUUGCAAAUGGAACUGUAACACUGGUACACUGCUUUGUGUUUGGCCUGGGCCAUGCCUAACCUAGAUGUAGAUGAAGCAAAACAAGGAAAUGUUUGCCUGUGCUGUUGGGCCUCAUUCAGAAGAGCACACAUUUACAAAGAAAAAUUAGCUAUAGAGAAUUGAGAAUUUUUUUACAUGUUGGUGGGAAGUUUAGCUGAGCUACUGCAUGCUAACAAAAGACACAGCCUUGGUGAUAAGACAGCAUGAAUUAUCUGCUGAAGUGAUAUUAUUUCUUUGCCAGUUUCACGCUAAACGUUUGGUGUGUUUCACUGAGUUGUGCUGAAUCAGCCUACUUCAAUCAAACUAGCCAGUUUAUGGUGAAGGCACAUGUCACUUAACUGGAGAAUUUUGCUGUCUGUUUUUUAAUGCAAUAACAUACUUUGUUUUUUGUUUUACAAUUGUCUUAUUUUCAGCUAUAUUUAAACCAUUUCAAUUUUGACAUGUUCAAGCUGGUCCAGCAUUUUAGGAAAUUCGAUUUUAUUGGAGUAUAGCUACAAUCUGUUCACUAGCUCCACCUUCUGGACAUAGGGCAAACAAACAUCAGGCUGCAGAAACUAAACUAGGGAAACUUUUGUCUUCCUAAAUCUGGAGAAUUCAUCGGAUGGAAAAUGUCCCUAGUCCCGAAAGAAAAGGAAGGCAAUCAUUUAAUUUUCUAUUUAAAUAAUUGGGUUGUUCGUUCAACAAAGUUCUCCAGUCAAGGUCAGCCUGUUGGUCCACCAGGGUUUUCUGAAUGAACUUAAAUGCCAUCAUAUCUUUUUGACUCACUGUGAGGUCUUUCCAUUCGAAAUUUGCAAUGCUGCUAGAUCUUUUAAUUAUAAAUCACCAGCCCUUUUAAAUUAAUAGUUUGGUUUUGACAUCUUUAAACAUUGCAUAAAUCCUGUAAUGAUGUUUGUUCAGAUAAGGUUUCUGUAGUCCCAAGGAGCGUGAUUCUUGAGGGUGAGUAAAUGACUACGAUUACAUUAAUCUUCCCCUAUUAUUAUAGUUCUAUUAUUCCUAGGAAUAACUUUACCUAUUGUAACCUCUGGAUAUGACAGACAUAAUCCUUCUAGGAUUUAGCAAUUUCACAGUUCAUUGUUCAUUUUAACCUCGCAAAUUAAAGUUCGCUACUUGAAGUGGCGUAGUGGGUUAGAUACCUAGAAAUCAUCGUUCAAAUGUAGCCCAGAAUAAUAGGGUGAAAGACUUCUCCGUCAGUUGAUCAUAAACAGUGUACAUGGUAUGAGUUUGGGUAGUCUCCUUUCAGUCCUUGGUGGCAUGGGCCCGUUAUACAACUUAGCCCCUAAUUCAGUACUAAUUUGCAGUGUUACUUAAGACUAAAAGAUGUCAAAUGGCAAAAUGUUACACCGGUGAAGUAAUUAUUCUGAAAUGGUGGUUGCAGCACAUUGUUAGAUGUAGCAGCAGCAACUUAUUCUGCAACUUAUUGUCCAAUACCUGACCUGGAGCUGCUCAGUGCUAGGUCUGAGAAAAUGGAAACUGGUCCGUUCCUCAGCAUUAACUUCAUACUUAUUGACGAGUGCAACAGAAGGUAACAGUAACCUAUAUAUUUGCAGUUACUCCAUUCAGAAAGUAGCUCAUUUAAGCAUGGAUCUGUGCUCAGCUUUUCAGUAAAGCUGCAGAUAAAAAAAUGUAGCAUUCACUCCUUGGUGCAGCAGCAAUUGGAAUUCGUAUUAUCCCACCUAACUAUAUAUUCUAAGAUCAACUGGGUAUAAUACUGAAUGAUUCUUGCUGGAAAGAUGUUCACUGAACUAAGAUAGAUUCCUAUCUAUUCUGAGUCAUUGGCUUGCCUUGAUGUUUGAUAUUCUAGUGUGUGCCAGAUUUGUAACUUUUCUACUAUUGCAUUGGAUGUAUUUACACUAGCCUUGUGAUAAUAGUGGACCUAUUCACAAAAUAGUCAUGAUGCAAAUGCAUUUGCAUCAAAGAUAUUCUAAAAGAAUAAAUUUUUUAAAAUAAA